AUGAAGCGCGGCGCGCCGCAGGCCUUGGAGGUGAAGCGCGUGUCCAAGAAGCUUGCGGAGACGGAGCCUUCGAGCGCGCCGAGGCUGGAGGAGACCACGCCGGAGGCCACGGCGGCGGCGUCCUGCAAGCUGCUGCGCGCCUGCGCCUCGCAGAACACCGGGUCAUUGCAGAAGGUCCUGGAUGCCCUUGAGGCAGGCGCCGAGGUAGACGCAAGAGACGUCACAGGUCAGAACCCCCUGGUUGUCUCGGCCCUGAACAUGCGGGGCGCCGAAAAGAAGUGCAAGUUGCUGAUCCAGCACCGCGCGGACGUCCACCAGCCAGCUGUGGCUGGAGGGUCGCAAAGCACGCUGGACUGGGCCAAGGAGCGCAUCAACGCCAGCUUCGCCGCCUUCCUCGAGGCCUUGUCGAAAGGUGAGGAGGCGGACCUGGCCAUGCUCUUGGAUGCCCCGGCGCCGGAGGAGUUCUAG